AGAGAUGCGGUCUCCCGAGAUGAAGUCGCGGGCGCGGGGCGCCCGGCUGCUGCUGCUCUUGCUGGUGCUCGGGGAGGCCGCGUCGGCGCUCGGGACUGCGUGCCCGGCCGGGCCUGGGUGCCGCUACACCCCGGACUGGCCGAGUCUGGACUCCCGGCCGCUGCCGGGCUGGUUCGACGAGGCCAAGUUCGGGGUGUUCCUGCACUGGGGCGUGUUCUCGGUGCCGGCCUGGGGCAGCGAGUGGUUCUGGUGGCACUGGAAGGGCGAGCGGCGGCCGCCGUACGAACGCUUCAUGAGCGACAACUACCCGCCCGGCUUCAGCUACGCCGACUUCGGGCCGCAGUUCACGACGCGCUUCUUCCACCCGGACAGCUGGGCCGACCUCUUCCAGGCCGCCGGGGCCAAGUAUGUGGUCCUGACAACAAAGCAUCACGAAGGCUACACAAACUGGCCGAGUCCUGUAUCUUGGAACUGGAAUUCUCAGGAUGUGGGACCCCAUCGGGAUUUGGUUGGUGAGUUGGGAGCAGCCAUCCGGAAGAGGAACAUACGCUAUGGACUCUAUCACUCACUCUUAGAAUGGUUCCAUCCCCUCUACCUCCUUGAUAAGAAAAAUGGCUUUAAAACACAGCAUUUUGUCAGUGCGAAAACAAUGCCAGAGCUAUACGACCUUGUUAACAGGUACAAACCUGACUUGAUUUGGUCUGAUGGAGACUGGGAAAGUCCUGAUACUUACUGGAACUCGACAUAUUUUCUUUCUUGGCUCUACAAUGAUAGCCCAGUCAAGGAUGAGGUAGUAGUGAAUGAUCGAUGGGGUCAGAACUGUUCCUGCCACCAUGGAGGAUACUACAACUGCCAAGAUAAAUUCAAGCCAAAGACCUUGCCAGAUCACAAGUGGGAGAUGUGCAGCACCGUCGACAAGCACUCCUGGGGCUAUCGUCGCGACAUGGUGAUGGCUGAUAUUGCGUCUGAAUUUGAAAUCAUUUCGGAACUGGUUCAGACAGUAAGUUUGGGAGGCAACUAUCUUCUCAACAUUGGACCAACUAAGGAUGGCCUGAUUGUUCCCAUCUUCCAAGAAAGGCUUCUUGCUGUUGGGAAGUGGCUGAGCAUCAAUGGGGAGGCUAUCUAUGCCUCUAAACCAUGGAGGGUACAAUUGGAAAAGAACACGACAUUUGUAUGGUAUACCUCAAAAGGAUCAACUGUCUAUGCCAUUUUCCUGGACUGGCCAGAAAAGGGAAUCUUAAGCCUUAAAUCCCCCAUAACUACCUCUGCUACACAGAUAAUGAUGCUGGGAAUCCAAAAAGAUCUGAAGUGGUCCACAGAUCCAGUUAAAGGUCUCCUCAUUUCCCUGCCCCAGUUACUGCCCUCUGCCCUCCCAGUUGAGUUUGCUUGGACUGUAAAGCUGACAGGAGUGAAGUGAUCAGUGGCGUUCAAGAGGAAAGGGACACUACCUGCUGUUUGCUGCUUUGAUUUUCCUCUUCUGGUACCGUCAUUGUAAUAAACUACUCUUCUCUACCCAGAGAUGGCUCUUCCAACACAUUUUAAUCAAAGGAACUAAGUGCAUUACACUAAUGUCUCAAUGGAUGAAAGAUCUGAGAUCCAUUGCUGGCAUCUCUCUCUUUGAUCAGCAGAAGAAGGGACUAAACAGUUAAGCCCUGAGUUCAUCCAUUCCUAACUUUGGAAAUUAUCUACAAUAGAAACUUCUCUCCAUUCUCAUGUUGAUAACCUGCUUGCUUACUCAAUGACUGCAGAUAAAAGCCAAGUCACCCUGUUGCCCGUGGGAGGAGGUGAGAAGGGUUUGGCAAGCUCAAUCAUGUGCUGUUUAUUUAGCAUCAGUUGUCACCAGCACCCCCCAAAGAGCAGGAGAGCCUGGAGAGAAAGGAAAAGGCUUGCCAGGCUGCUUAUGGUUAACUCUUCAGAAAUUUCCAAAGCAAACUAAGAGCUCUGAAAUUCAGUCUGUUUACAGUGAUACUAUGAAAAAAAUAAAUGUGAUUCUGCCCUACUUUUUAAAAUAUGAUCACAUAAAUAAAUUUGAAUGUAAAUCAUUUCUA